UAUCUUCCUCAUACUAGCAAAGGUGAGACAUAGGUGUUCAGAAAACUUUAGCUCUCAUACAUCUAGUAAAUCAAGCGAUGUUGAUGCAUCAAAAAAUUAUUCGACAAUCUUUGCUGGUACUGUAUUUGCUUAUAAGUUAUGACGGGGUUCAAGGAAAAACAAUGCUAUCUAAAUUGGAGGACUUAGAGUUGGAGGAGCAACUUAAACUUCUCAACAAGCCAUCAAUCAAAACAAUUAAGAGUAAAUAUGGAGAUAUAUACAAUUGUGUGGAUUUCUACAAACAACCAACAUUUGAUCAUCCCUUAUUAAAGAAUCACAAUUUUCAUCCACAGAUGAAACCUACUUUAGCUAGGCCAAAACAGAAUUCAAGUACUUCUGAAACUAGUUGGUCGUCGAGGAUAUGGUCCAAAGAUGGUGAUUGUCCUUUUGGAACGGUUCCCAUUAAAAUAAUUACUAAAGAAGAUCUUGUUAGGCAAAGAAAUAUGCCACCGCCAGAAGAUGUUAUAAUUGACACUGAGUUGACGAAUACGAUUAACAACACAAGUGACUCGAAAGGAAGAUACAUAUCUUCGCAAGCAUACAAGCUUGCAAUAGUUCGAACUCUAAAAAAUCAAAAUAACAAGUUUGGGGGAGCUGGAAUGGCUACUAGUUUAUAUAAUCCUCAUGUUGAAGGUCAACAACAUAGUGCAUGUCGAUUAAAAAUUCAGAAAGGAUCAGACAUUUUACAAGUUGGUUGGAGAGUGGAUCCAACUCUAUAUAGGGACAGUAAGACUAGGCUUUUUAUACAUUUUCAGGCUGGCAAUAAACAUUGUUUCAACGUACUAUGCCCGGGAUUUGUACUAGUAAACAAUGAGAUACCUAUUGAUAUGGCUUUCGAUAAGAUUUCACGCCGUGGAGAAAGGCGCACAUGGGAGUUUAGAAUGUUCAUCGAUCGGGAUCUAGUCAAUGGAAACUGGUGGCCUUUACUUGCCAAAACAUAUGUGAAAAUUGGUUUUUGGCCUCAAAAGAUCUUCACUAGCUUGGCAAGCUUUGCUAAUAACAUCGAGUGGGGAGGUGUUGCGUAUAGCCCACCAGGUGUGCCUAAACCUCCAAUGGGCUCAAGUUUUUUUCCUAUUGCACAGAGCAAUUAUGAUGCUUAUUGUAGGGGGCUUAGCGUUUUAAAUGAUAAAGGUGCGACAAUAGAUGUCGAUGAAACGACAAUAUAUGUUGACGAUCCUAAGUUGUAUCAAGUUUUGGAUUACCCACAUGCAGCACCUGGAAAGUUCCAACAUUGGGUAUUUUAUGGGGGGCCGGGAGAGAGUCAUCAACUCUAAAUGUGAUGC